AGUACCUAGUUUGUCCAAGUUAGUUGUCAUGUUCCGAUAUCCCAUAUCCAAGGGCUAAAGAUUCUUGUUAUGUUUUUUCAAACGCCCCUGUUUUUAACUAAUGCUGUUAUUCAUGUGUCUAUCAUCUUUGAAUUUGAGUCCCUUUUGUCUCAUUUGCUCUCUGAUGGGGUCACGGACACCCUCCUAUGCAACUGCCCUAACUCAUUCUCUAUGAUGAAUCAGAACUGCCCUCACCCUGCUCUCUUCAUAUGGUAACAUCUGUACUUGAGAGUUUUCAAGGUGUUUGAUAAAAUACCUUGGUGUAGUCUUUUGAAUUUUCUUCCUUUUUCAUCUCUCUUGUAAAGCAUGUUUUCCUCUUAGGUAUUGUUGUUUUUAGCUGGGUUGAGUUUGUUUCUUGGAAAGUGAAGGGAUCUUCUGGAAAGAAAAAAAGGGGUUAUUUGCUUUAAGCAGAAAGAAGCUGAAGCUGUUGUCUUUUUGAGUAUUUUCUCAGUUCUCUCAGCUUUCACUUAGGCAAAGGGAGGGAAAGGUGGAAAAGGGGGACAUGGAGAUAGAGCCUUUUGAGAGUGAGCAUUGUAAGGGAGUUAAGUUCAAAAGCACAGAAACUUAGGAGAGUCUAGUUGGAGUGUAUGGAGAAGGAAGAAAAAAAGAAGAUAAAGGGAAGCAUUAAGGAUAAUAUGCCAACAGUUUGGUUCUCUCUGAAGAAGUCUUUACACUGCAAAUCUGAACCAUCUGAUGUUCAUGACCCCAAAACAAGGAAGCAUUUGAGCACAAUCUUGACCAAGAGAGCAGGGAGGUCAGGGUGUUCCAGGUCCAUAGCAAAUCUCAAGGAUGUAAUCCAUGGAAGCAAGAGGCACCUUGAUAAGCCACCGAGUUGCAGUCCAAGAUCCAUAGGAAGCAGUGAGUUCCUUAACCCCAUAACUCAUGAGGUGAUUUUAAGCAACUCAAGGUGUGAGCUGAAAAUAACUGGGUAUGGAGGCUUCCAAGAAGGACUUGGCAGUGGUGGCAGCAAUGCUGGUGGAGGUAGUGGUGGUUCAACUUUUGUGGGGACUCUGAGGCCAGGGACUCCUGGCCCUGGAGGGCACCCUACAAUGCAUUACUUUAAUCCUUCUUUUAGGACCUCAUCCACCCCUCCAAGGAAAUCUCCUUUCCUCUUAUCAGAUAAAGAAGGGUCUGGUCCUCCUGGGCUUCAACCCAGUACUAGGUUGUCUCUUGAGACAGAUUCUAACGGGUCCUCAACUGUGACUUGCCACAAAUGUGGAGAGCAAUUCAACAAAUGGGAUGCUGCUGAAGCUCAUCAUCUGUCUAAGCAUGCUGUGACUGAACUCGUGGAAGGAGAUUCAUCAAGGAAAAUAGUGGAGAUCAUAUGCAGGACUAGCUGGUUGAAGUCUGAAAACCAGUGUGGUAGAAUUGAGCGAGUUUUGAAAGUGCACAACAUGCAAAAGACUCUUGCAAGAUUUGAAGAGUACAGGGAGAUGGUGAAGAUCAAAGCCAGCAAACUCCAGAAGAAGCAUCCAAGAUGUCUAGCUGAUGGAAAUGAACUUUUGAGGUUCUAUGGCACUACUGUUGCAUGCUCUCUAGGCCUUAAUGGUUCUUCUAGUCUCUGCCUAUCAGAAAAGUGCUGUGUUUGCAGAAUCAUAAGGAAUGGCUUUUCAGCCAAGAAGGAGCUCAAGGGUGGGAUUGGAGUCUUCACAACAUCAACAAGUGGAAGAGCUUUUGAGUCCAUAGAGAUUUUUGGUGAUGAACCAUCACUGAGAAAAGCACUAAUAGUGUGCAGAGUAAUUGCUGGCAGGGUUCAUAGACCACUAGAAAACAUUCAGGAAAUGGCAGCACAAACAGGAUUUGAUUCAUUGGCUGGGAAAGUUGGUUUAUAUUCAAACAUUGAGGAGCUUUAUUUGCUCAAUCCUAGAGCUCUUCUUCCUUGCUUUGUGGUAAUCUGCAAACCUUGAACCAAAGGGAUAAAAUCAAACUCAAAAAGCCUUACAUGUUGUGUAGUUUUGUAGAUUCCCUUAUUUUGGCCUUGUGGAUGCAGUUUGUAAUCUUUUAAAGGAUUUUGAUUCUUUCCUCGAGUCAAUUCUGCUUCUUCA